AUGUUUCUAGUUUGGAUAAGGUUAACAGAUUUUUCAAUGAAAUUAGGAAUGGAUCAAUAUGACUUGCAAAGUCAAAGAAAGGAGAUGAAGCAUAAAGGAAAAAACGUGGUAUGGUCUCAAGCAAUGGACAAGUGUCUGAUUGAAGCCCUUGCUAUCCAGGCUAGAAAUGGGAAUAAGAUUGAUAAAUGCUUCAAUGAAAAUGCGUAUACUGCUGCUUGUGUUGCUGUGAACACUCGUUUCAAUUUAUCUUUAAAUAAUCAGAAGGUUGUUAAUCGUCUCAAGACAAUAAAGAAAAGGUAUAAGAUAACAAGAGAUAUGCUAAGUCAAGAUGGGUUCACCUGGAAUCCAAAUACAAAUAUGAUCGAGUGUCACAAUGAGGAUCUUUGGAAGAGAUACAUUGCUGCACACCCUGAUGCGAGGGGAUUUCGAGGAAAGCAAAUAGAGAUGUACGAUGAAUUGAAAAUUGUCUGUGGAAAUUACCAAGUCCCUAGUCAUUGGGCUAGGAUGACUGGAAACAUGAAUGGUAACCGGGCAACUGAAAUUAAGAAAUAUGAAGAAGAUUCUGCUUCAUUUCCCUCACCAAGUUCACAAGACCCGAGUGACACAGAUGGAACAGAGACAGAGUCAUCUAACGGACAGCCAGAGUAUACUCAGAUGCCAGCUGGCAGUCAAGAGGUGCCUUUAGCCCAGCCUCUCAGACAAUUUCCCAAACGUUCUCGAGGCUCAGAGGUUCUUAAGGAUGCAAUUUUGACUGUGGCAUCAAGCAUUCGGCACCUGGCUGAUGCAAUUGAGCAAAGCAAGAACACAAUUGACACCCCCGCACUUCUGCAGUCUGUCAUGGAAAUUGAUGGCUUAGAAGAGGCUAGGCAGAUGUAUGCUUUUGAGUAUUUGAAUGCUGACCCCGUCAAAGCCAGAGCCUUCAUGGCAUACAACACCAGAAUGAGGAAAAUAUAUUUGUUUCGCCAAUUUUGGUGGUGGAACCGUGGAAGUGACUGCAAGGCCUCCUAGCAUUGGAUUUUGCAGACUUUUUCAGUAGAGUUCAAGUUGCUGUGCAAAAACUUGUUUGAUAGAUACUCAGCAUUCUUCCAGUUCUCAUGUUGGUGGAUGCUUAGAGCUGAUCUUCGCAUAUUGCUCGGAAGCAGGCACUGUAUAGGAAAAUUGUUGGAUCUUUUGCCUAAUUGUGAUGAGGACUAUUGGCAGUAGAUUUAUAAUUUCUGUCUACUUUCCAGAAUCCAAGUUUCUCCUCUCAAAUCUUUCUGCAUUUGACUUUA